AUGAAGAUUAAUGGCGAAAUCUUGAAACUGAAAACACCAGUAACAACGUUGGACGUAGUAAAAGACUACCUAGGUCAUGUUUUACUGGAAUCAGAAGCAGUGAAGAAGUUUGGUGUCAGAGCUAAGCCACUGAAACCAGAACAAGAACUGAAGCCAAAUAAAAUAUAUUUCCUUGUUGAAUUGCCUUUGUUUCCUAAAGAAGAAAUUAGUAGAGUUCCAAGAAGAGUGAAAUCUGUUGUUCAGAUGAGUGCAAAGGAUCGGCUUGAGUGUCUCAUGUUAACACGAAGAUCGGCUUCUAAUUUGUCGAUUUCGAAGCCGAAUAAUGGACCGAUUUAG